ACCUCCAUCCCUCCAAUUCCUCCAUCCAUUCUUGCGUGUUUUUCUGAUGAUUUUUUGCUGUGUUUUCCAGCCUGCGUGUGCUGGACAUGACCAGACUCUCAGAUUCCAUGUCCGGCUGUACUCCUGCCGCGUUGACCAGCUGGUCCAGCACCGAGGCUUUGGCCAAGGCUUGCGUGGAGCUGUCCAAGCACGAGCCAGAAUUCCAGAGGCGUGCAUCCAAGCGGCUCAAAGGCCGCUCCGGGGCUGCCACAGCCACAACUGCUCUGCGGGCUCCAUGUGUGGACGUCCACGCCGACCUUGUCGUUAACAGAAGGUCCUACGGGAUCCUGCGUGACGCACUUCAGGCCGGAGCUGCUGGCCCACUGCGCCUCAAGUGCCACGAAUUCCAAGCAAAGUACAUCUCAGCAUACGAGAUCUUGACUUUGUUGAAAUCUCUGGAUCCUUCAUGUGUUCGAAGGGUGGAUCUGCACUUCCGAAAUUUGGGAUUGAACGGGCUCUUGGUGAUCCUGCCGCACCUCUCGCGCUUCCCGGAGCUGCGCAGCCUCAAGCUCCAGCACAGCAAGGUGGACGUGCGGCACCUGACAACGGAAUCGGACAUCAGAAUCCUCUGCGUGGCCAGAAAGCUGGGAAUGCUGACCAGCCUCCGGGAGCUCAACCUGGGAUCCUCCCGGCUCUCCGGGAAUCUGCGCCAGAUCCUCUGUGACCUCCAGGCUCCGUUGGAAAGCUUGGAAUUGGCCUUCUGCUCCCUCGUUCCCGCCGACCUUGCCUUCCUCUCCCAAAGCUGCCACGCUCCGGCCCUCAAAAGGUUGGAUCUGAGUGGCCAUGACAUCUCCCAAGGCCUCCUGGAGCCACUCCGGCUGCUCCUGGAGGAAACCUCGGCCUCCCUGCUGUACCUGGAUCUCAGGGAAUGCCGCAUGGCCGACUCCCACCUGAACGCGCUGCUCCCGAUGCUCCGGGGCUGCUCCCACCUGCGCUUCCUGGGACUCUAUGGCAAUCCCUUGUCCACGGCUGUGCUCAAGAAUCUGCUCCAGAAAACCUUGGAGCUUCCAAAUCUCCACCAGGUCGUGUAUCCCUUCCCGGUGGAUUGCUACAAAAGGGAGCCACCGGAAUCUAGACGGAAUUUUGUCAAGGAUAAGGAGCUUUUUGCAGCGGCCAAGGCGGAGUUUUCCCAAAUCUUAGCGAAUUCCAAAAGAAUCGACCUCAUCUGGACUUACAACCCCUAUGGCCACAGAGCCCUGGACUACUUCUCUUUGUGAUUUGUGAAAACUUUGGAGGCGGAAAAAGCUCAGACCUUCCAUCGCAGAAAAGUGCUGCCACCUUCUUCCCAAAAUCUGAGUGUUUUUUGCCUCAUCCCAAUGCUUUUCCACCUCAUUCCAGUGGUUUUUUCCUUUCAUAACGGUGCUCUUCUGCCUGUUUUUUUUAGCUUUCUGCCUCAUCCUGAUAUUUUUCCAUCCCAUUCUUAGAUUUUUCCCUGGUUUCGUAGCUUUUCUGCCACGUUUUGAGGUUUUUCCUUCCCAACCCCUGUAUUUCUCUGCUCAUCCCGAUAUUUUCCCCCCAUCCCAGUAUUUUUGCCCCCAUUUCAUUUUUUCUCCAGCCUGUCCUGGUGUUUUUUUAGCCCAUCCUGGUAUUUUUCUGCCUUAUCCCGGUAUUUUUUCAACCCAUUUCAUCAUUUUUCCAGCUCAUCCCAGUGUUUUUCCAUCAGGAUUGGCUUUGCACAGCCAAAUUCCUAGAGGCUCUAGGGCUGGAUUCCACAGGAAGCAGCCGGAUGCUUCUCCUGUGUCCAGCCAAUCCUAUUGGGAACUGCAGCUAUGCCUCCGGAAUAAUAAUGAAGUCAGAAGAAACCAAUCAUAGCACAGCUGGAAUUCUGGAGCAGCAUUUUGGGAAAGGAACAACUCCGGAGAUGAUUCCGAGGUGCU